AUGCAGCAAAUUAGUCUGUCUGAGGCCUUGCAGCCACCACUUUCCACUUCCCAGGAAUGCAUCGUUCCACUUUCCCCUGACAUCUGCUUCGGGGCAGUGACGAUGGGCGGUUACAUGCCUGCCCUUGCAGCUAAAUAUGCCGUGUACUACGCAUCGAAACAUCCUCGCUUGCAGUCUCAGGCGAGUCUCCGGAUGAUGAACGCCCAGUUCUAUCGACCAUUGCUCCCGGCUCGAGGGCCAGCGAGGAUGGUCCUUCGGGAAAUUAGCGUCGGAAAGGCAUGGUCUACUAUACGCGUAGAGGUGUUCCAGCCUGCCAAAUGUCAGGAGGUGGCGGUCUCCGUGGACAUGCUACUCUCCGAUCGGUCGGUCUCCUCCCUGACUCGACCUACAAACUGGACUCUCCACCCACCACCUAGUCCCGUGGACCUCGCCAAACUGGAAACAUUUUCUGACCCCGGUUGGAUAUGUUAUCAUACUGCGUUCAAGCCGACCGGGUUUAAACGCGCCCAUUCUUACGUGAAGCAUUAUAUCCUAGUCGACUGGCGCCCUGAUACCCCAUUCAUCGAGCAGUGGAUCGCCCCCGGCUGGAACUGUACGCCUUCUGGCUCAUCCCCAGAGGACGGCAAGGCUGGCAAAGACACGCAUCCGCGUUGGACAACCGAUAUGAUACCAUUUAUUAUGGAUGCAAGUCUUCCUCCCGAGUGUAACUUCGUAUCACCGAAAGAUGAUAAACGAGAACAUCUCAUGAGCACGACGGCCAUUCUACGUUUCGCCGCUGCUCAGAAGAAAGCGAGGGAGCGAGGUGACCCUAAUUGGAGAGACUUGCCCAACGAUGGCUCAGAGACCUUUGAUGGGUCUAUAGUCAAUGUCACGUUGGCUGUCUCAACUGACAUCAGGAAAGAGCUGCCGGAGGAAGGUGUCCGGUGGCUGUACUUGAGGAAUGAGGUCAAGAGUAUUCGGAAUGGUGGAAUAAACGUGGAAACCCUUCUUUUUGAUGAAAAAAUGAACCUCGUGGCAGUCACUCACCAGAUCGGGCAGUUGAUGUCUGCUGAGAAAAAGGAAACAAAGAAAGAGAGUCGGCUGUAG